GCUCCUAGCAAGAAACGGGCGGGUGGCCGGGCUUCCGCAGCGCCUAUACUCUUCACUAAGCCAGCUUUCUAAUAACUGAUCGGUGUGCUUCUGACAUUUUCCCCCCUCCCGGAGCUCUCAACCCCGGAGCCGACCCGCUGAUGCCGCUCCAGAGGGGCGUGGCCUCGAAACCGGAAGGAGCCUCUGUUGCCAAGGAAACGCUGCGCGCUUGGGCGACUGUCCCACCUACUGAUGCUGAGCCUCGGGCUGAGGGUGCGAGUUCUUCCAAAUUACAAAAGCGGGCUUAGUCAGAACCAGCUGGCCUUCCCGCGAAGGCGCCGCGACGGAGGUUGGGGAACCCCUGCUCGCUCCCCAAAUUCCCAGCGCGAAGGCGGAGCCGAGUGACUGCGUGGAUCUUCGCCAGCUCCUGCGCCGGCCGGGUGAAUCCCGAAAGACCAGUUGCUUUAUCGUAUUUGAGUCUCAUUAUGGGAUUGCUAGACCGACUUUCCGGCUUGCUUGGCCUAAAGAAGAAGGAGGUUCAUGUUUUGUGCCUUGGGUUGGAUAAUAGUGGCAAAACCACAAUCAUAAACAAACUUAAACCUUCAAAUGCACAGUCUCAAGAUAUAGUUCCAACAAUAGGAUUUAGCAUAGAGAAAUUCAAAUCAUCCAGUUUGUCUUUCACAGUGUUUGACAUGUCAGGUCAAGGAAGAUACAGAAAUCUCUGGGAACACUAUUAUAAAGAAGGACAAGCCAUUAUUUUUGUCAUUGACAGUAGUGAUAAACUAAGAAUGGUGGUGGCCAAAGAAGAACUUGAUACUCUUUUGAAUCAUCCAGAUAUUAAACACCGUCGAAUUCCCAUCUUAUUCUUUGCAAACAAAAUGGAUCUUAGAGAUGCAGUGACUUCUGUGAAAGUGUCUCAGUUGCUGUGUUUAGAGAACAUCAAAGACAAGCCAUGGCAUAUUUGUGCUAGUGAUGCCAUAAAAGGAGAAGGAUUGCAAGAAGGUGUAGACUGGCUUCAAGAUCAGAUCCAGGCUGUGAAGACUUGAAUGGAUAGUAUUUGGAAACAUUGGGAAUUCUGAAUUCAAGGAAUAUCCUAAGACCAUCUGAACAUCUUUAACAUUUUGCAUCCAAGAAUAUUUUAUAUUCUGCUUGCAUUUAUGGACUCUGAGCUUUUUAAGAACAUAGAACUUCAGGUAUGCUAAUAUGACUAUUAUACAAAACCAAAUAUUCCCUCAAAAAGAUGGUAUAGAAUUACCAACUUCUUGUUUAAAAUGUACAUUUUAUUAUAAUUAGGAUUUUUUAAAGUCAGAAUUAAAAGCCAUCUCAAUAUUUCAUCAUGAUUUAUGAUAUCUUAAUGUAUUUUAUCUAAUUGCAUUCAAAAGUUGAGUUUAUGGAAUAACUAUGCAAUAUGAAUUAUGCAUAUGAAAAAUAAUUUAAAGUAUUUAUGAGGGACUAUUGAUAAUUAAUAUAUAUUAAAUUUUUACUGUGUGUCAUCAUUAAUAAAACAUAGAAUGAAAUA